AUGGAUCAUAUUGUUGAUAUCAUGGUUUCUCACCAUCAUCCUGUGGUAUUAGUGGGCUCUUCCGCGCAACGAUGGAUGGGGUCCGCCGGAGCCCUUUCACGUAUCUGUGAUCUCCUCAUAAAGAACAGUGGUCUUCAAAGCAUUGGCAAAGCUCUUAUUCAGUCCGGACAUUGGAAAAAGGCCAACCCGAAAGAACAGCUCGGCCUGCAUGAAGUGCCCGAAUCCGAAGCCGAUAUAUUCCUCCAGCGAACAAAAGUCGAGGAUGAGAACGAGUACGAGUAUCUCUGUCUGUGGUCUGAAACCACGUAUCACAUCAACGUAGAUACUUGCCCAUUCGUCGAAGUGCCCGACUUUUAUCCCUGGUUCGUCGUUCUCAUAGAAGAGAAGUGGCACCCAGCAAUAGGGCGAGAAGAUGGAUGGUGGUAUGGUCCUCGUCUUUGUUCGGAGACGAAAUUACGCAACUUAUCAGAGGGAGCAGUGGCAGCAAGGACAUUCUCCGAAAGAUUUCCAAGAGGCAAGAGCCCAUCCAACAACCAUCCGAUACUAGUCCCAAGCCUUCCGGCAUAUCUGGACGCCCUUGUGUUUCAGGCAACUCACUACAGAGAAUCGAAGCAGGAACUUGCCUUGUUUGCAUCAUGGAUAAUUCGAAACUUAGUUCGGUACUUGUAUCUGGAGCUGCCCCAUCAGCAGUUACCACUACUCAUAGAGCUUGAAGAGGACGACUAUAUGGAGGAGUAUCUCCGGGAUUACAAGAGAAAACCUUUCUUUGUGUAUCAAGAAGGUGUUGGGACGCAGGUGCAUAAGUGGGACCCAGCCAGUUAUCCGGAUUGGUGCAAAGCAAGAGCGCAGCCUCAAUCGAAAUAG